UGCUUCUGUUUUGUGCUGCAGGUGGUCGUCCCCACAAGAGUCGGACAGGUUUAUGUGUACGACGCAGUGAACGCCGACAAGGACGAGUAUGACGUCCCGCCAAGACAUCAGCCAGCGGCACAGCAGGACAUUUACGACGUACCGCCCACCCGCCAGCAGUUCAGCACCCAGGUCUAUGACACCCCUCCUAUGGUGGUCAAGGGGCCCUCUGGUGGUCAAGACAUAUACGACACCCCAGCGAUGGCAGAGAAGAACCCCCAUCAAACGGUGUACGACUUCCCUCCCUCGGUGAGUAAAGACGUUCCUGAUGGUCAGUUGAUCCGAGAGGAGACCUAUGACGUGCCCCCCCACUUCGCCAAGCUGAAGCACAACGUUCCCAGCGCUCCUGGCCAGUACCAGCACAACGACGCCAGCGACGACGACGAGCCGCCAAUCCCUGAAGACGUUUACGACGUUCCCCCGCCGAUCCUCGGCGAGAAGCAUCAUCGGGGCGAGAGAGGCGCGGCCGGCCAGGCCCCGCAGGAGAUCUACGACAUCCCCGCCACCCUGCGUGCUGGAGGAGCCCCCGCACAGGAUGUUUAUGACUUCCCACGGGAACGGGAGGACAGGGGAGGCGAGCGGGGAGACCAGUACAUCUAUGACGUCCCGCCACAGGUUGUCCGUGACGCCCAGUCCAACACCGAGGAGAUGACCAAGUCUUUCAAACGCCUUUCUGCUUCCAGCACCGGAAGCACGCGGAGCAACCACUCCUGUUCUUCCCUGGACAUGGUUCCUGUCCGGGACACCUCGUCUCUUCCAGCCUCUGGUUCCAGCCAAGGAAAACCGCUCCUGUUGGACCUGGAUCAGGCCAUGGAGCGUCUCUCCCGGCUGCAGCAGGCCGUGGAGUCCAGCGUUUCCCUCAUGAUGUCAUUCAUCACAGGGAACUGGAGGAGUCCUGCUCACCUGGAGGGAAACCUUACCGCCAUCCACCAGGCGGCGGACCGGGUGCGAGCCACCGUUCGAGACUUCCUAGAAUUUGCUCGAGGCGCAGUUACAAACGCUGCUCAGGCCACAGACCGCUCGCUGCAGACCAAACUGGGCCGGCAAGUGGGAAAGAUGGAGGACGUCUUUCAGAGUUUGAUUCGGCACAGUCAGAGCUUGGACGCCAUCUCGUGGUCCCCCACAGCUCUAUCCGCUCCGCCACCAGGGGGCGAUGACUUGGAUCGACUGAUCAUGACGGCGAGAGGCAUCCCUGACGACGCCAAGCAGCUGGCCUCCUUCCUCCACGGUAACGCCUCGCUGCUCUUUAAAAGGACAACCAGGCAGCAGCAGCUGCCCCUUCCUCCAAUCCCAGGGGACGUCAGCGGUCACAUGACCGGAUCAGGAAGCGGAACCUACCAGGGAGGGGAGAAGGUGCACAUUCAGUCCCGCCCCCUCCCUUCGCCACCCAAAAUUACAGCUCCUGAGGAGGAGGAUGGCGUGGACAGGCUGUACGAGGUCACAGAGGAAGGCUGGAUGGAGGACUACGACUACGUCCAUUUACAGGGGAAGGAGGAGUUUGAGAAGAACCAAAGGCAGCUUCUGGAGAAAGGAAACCUUAUCAGACACAACAAGACGCAUCUGGAGCAGCAGCAGAUCAAACAGUUUGAGCGGCUGGAGCAGGAAGUCAGCCGGCCAAUAAACAACGACAUCACGGGCUGGGUCCCUUCUCCGCAUCACCCUCUGGCCAAUCAGCUGUCCAAGAACGGCCCCGGCGAGCGUUCAUCCUCCAAGCUCUGUCACGGUGACCGCCAGCUGCUCCUCUUCUACCAGGAGCAGUGUGAACAAAACAUCACAACCGUCACCAACGCCAUUGAUGCCUUCUUCACCGCCGUCAACUCCAACCAGCCGCCAAAGAUCUUCGUGGCCCACGGUAAAUUUGUCAUCCUCAGCGCGCACAAGCUGGUCUUCAUCGGCGACACGUUAUCACGGCAGGCCAAGUCUCCGGAGGUCCGGGCCCGGGUGGCGCAGAGCAGCAACACGCUGUGUGAGAAACUCAAGGACAUCGUCAUCAGCACGAAGACGGCGGCGCUGCAGUACCCGUCUCCCGGAGCCGCCAGAGAGAUGACGGAGAGGGUGAAGGAGCUGGCCGGGUGCACUCAGCAGUUCAAGAUGGUGCUGGGACAGCUGCUGCUGAUGUAGGAACCCGAACGGUGGCGUCCCGCUCAGCGGCGGGACCCAUGCACACGCCAGCAGCACGCAGGACCAUCCGAGGCACAUCUCUGAUGCCUGCAGGAAUCCUUGUUCUCCGGAGUCCAGCUGUCGCCCAGCUUCUCCAUCCUCUCUGUUCACUGGGAUCAUUCCUCUCCGCCGCUCCUCACUUUAGGCGGCACCGAGGAACGUUUGGCGGGCUGUAAAAUAGUCCCUGUAAAUAUUCAACUUCCCUGAUUAAUGAGAUGAAGAGAAGAAAAGAAGCAUCUAAGAAUAAAACUGAUAUGAAAUCUUCCUGGUAGUUAAAGACGUAUCAAUCAUGGUUAUUAAUAAACUGUAUAAUUAUUGCUCUGAUUCUUCUAUCAUUCUCUGUAUGGAUGUAUAAAUUCCAGAUGUUAUGUAAAGCUCUUUGUUGUAGUGAGUGCCUCCAUCCUGUUUCCCCACAUCAUCUAAUGAUCUGAGGUUGCCCCGGCAACUCCCGUUGAAAGCUAAGCUAGCUCUCCCACCUGCGCUGCAAAAAGUUCUUAAAACAAAAGUAUUUGCCCUUAAUUUCUGCAGGAAACGAAGAUGACGAGCCAAUGGAAGGAGGAUUACGAUGAAAGAGUAUUAGAGCCAGGCUAGAGAUUUUAUUUUUAUUUUAUUUUAUGAGAAUAAAGUCAUCCUACAACAACCUGUUUCAGAAAGAAAGCUUGGAACUCCGCCCAGCAGAUGACGUCAGACCAGCUCCACCAAUCAGCAACCUGAGUCCACUUUGACAUCCUGCCCAGUUUGAUGCUGCUGGUUAAAGAUUUCCUGAUUUAUUAAACCGAUGCUAAAGUAUUACUUCACAUGAUGCUCCACAUUCCUCAUUAUAGGGAAGAAAGCACUUCUUGGAAGAGUUGUCUUAAAAUAAAACUUGUUUCUCUUAAUUUAA